GAAAAAAUUAUGGAGAAUACCUAUGUUGCAAUCGUGUUCUAAUGAAUUUAAUGAAUCAUCAUGGGCCCACUAUGUUUUACAACCAAUAGUAAACUUUUUAGUUGAUUUCAAAGAAUCAGAUAUCUGUCCUAUAAAAAAAAAUGACAUUUUUGGAACGUAUGAAAGUGAAGAUCGCUUUAAUCUUGAGAUGUUAUUGGGUGAAAUCUCGAAUGGCCCCUUUAAUCAAUCCACCAAAGCUCAAAAGCAUACUAAGGAAGAUAAAAUCAAAUUAUCCAAAUGUGGAAAAGACGCGUUAGACCAAACGGUGAAAAGAUAUAUGAAAUUUCAAAUUGGCAACUCAGAUGAUUUAGAAAAGCUUAAU